AUGUGUCGAGGCAACACCGCCACGGUUGUCGAGAACGUGAGUCUCGAGCACCUCCACGUGGGCAACAAGGGACACAUCAAAUGGUGCCCUGGGGCGACCCGGUCAAUGUACGCCCAUUUGGCAACCCACAAGCUCGACUCUCGCACCUGUCAACACGACGGAAUGAACAGCCUGCUUGCGAAGCUCAACUGCAUCCACGAGAAUAGCGACUACCCAUCUCUCGUGAACCCCCGCAUAGUGCGCAAACUGCGCAGCCUCAUCGGCGAGUUGGUGGACAUGGGCAUCCUCAAGCAAGGCCGCAUGCGCACUGUCGUCUGGCCCUCGUGGACACAUGCUUGGACGCUGCCAUCAUGGACUGGAGACAUCGGACCGCCGUCAGUCGUCCCAGUAGAAGAACACGAACAGCUUGAGGUUCCCAAGGCGCCAGUGGCGGCUGGAGAUGAUGAUGUGAUGUCUUGGGUACAAACGGAGACUUCUUCUUGGGGUUCCCCGUACCAGAGACCUCCCUCCGCCUUGCAGAUGUCCAGCGGCUUGUCUACCUCGACCUUUGCCCUGACCUUUCGAGUUCCUGCCCCGGCCCAGUCUUCGAGGGGAACGAAUUUGUCGUCCAGUGGCCUCUCUACGUCGACCUUUGAGCCGACACUUCGCCUGCCAUCCGCGCCUCCAACGGCCCAGCCGCACAAAUCCACGAUUUCGUCAAGCGGCCUAUCCGCCUCGACCUUUGCGCCGACGCUGCGGCUCCUAUCUUCUCCCGAGCAUGCGCUCCCCUCGAGCGGCGUGUCGACGUCAACCUUUCGGCCAACGCUGCAACUCCCGUCUCCCAAGCGUGGUAUCGCCGCCUCUCGCUUCAACUCUCACCCGACCCUUGACCUUCAUGACGGGCGGUCGUCGAUUCACCCGUCAGAGUCUGCGAGCGUCGCUCACACCUCUCGGCGGCGUCUGGCCCACGGCACUAGCGAUUCCGGUGGAGUGGGUCAAUGGCUACGCAGACAGUCCCCCCUGGUUCCUGCAAGACCGCAGCCGCCGCCGCCCCCACCGCCACCAACCCGGCCCGAUCCGCCGUCGCCUCAUACGCCGCCUCGUACUCCUUCUCAGACUGUCCCGGUUGGCGCGCUUCCCUCUCCGCCAGAAACCCCACGGCCCAAGGUGUCGCAACUCGAGGACCAUGGCGACACGGCCCAUUCUGACCAGCUUGAAGCCAGCCGCGAGCGUCUUGACGGGCUUAUCGCCAGUGUCAAGGAGAUUCAGUUGGUCAUGAUCUCUGAGCGCGAGUCCGACAUGGUCAGCAUUCUUGAAUCGAUCCAACGCGCCAUAUUCAUGGGCCAGCGGAUGGACAGCGUCGCGCCGCUUGUGCAGGAGCUGGAUUCGCUCUGCCGGGGACAAGCAUGCGAGGUGCAGCGGCCAGGUCAGGACAGACAUGACAGACAGGAGCUGUCGCACCGUCUUAGAGAGGCUCAGCUGGGCGUCACCGAGUUGCGGGCCGCCCUCGCGGUCGGUAAUGGCGAUGUGAUUGUCAGAGUUGAGGGUCUGGGUCUGGAAGAGGGUAAGAACGGCACUGCAGAUGUCCACCUGUUGACGCAGCAGUUGGACCAUCUCGUCAUGACUGGCUCUUAG